AUGGCGUCGAAUGUUGACACGGAUUUUCCCAUUCACGGGUUAUUGCCCAAAAAAGAAACAGGAUCGCAUUCUUUCCUGACUAAAUAUCCGGAACAUGAUGGCAGAGGUGUAGUUGUCGCAAUUUUGGACACUGGGGUUGACCCUGGAGCUCUUGGAUUACAGGUCACACCUGAUGGCAGAGAUAAGGUCAUUGAUAUAAUCGAUGCAACAGGGUCAGGAGAUGUGGAUACUUCAGCUAUCAUUGAUUGUCCUGAUGGUGAAAUCAUUGGAUUGACUGGAAGGAUUUUAAAGAUUCCUCCCGAAUGGAAGAACCCAACCAACCAGUACCACCUUGGUGUGAAGCAGGCUUAUGACCUUUACCCCAAGGGUCUGAAGGACAGGAUAAUUCAGCUGAGGAGGAGGAGACAAUGGGACCCCAUCCACAAAACAACCUUAGCAGCUGCUCUCAGAAAGUUGGAUGAGUUUGAGUCAUCUCACUCCUCUCCUCUAUCCCUGGAAAAUAAACUGAUCAAAGAAGACCUACAGGCUCAGAUUGAUGUCCUCAACACUGUGGACAGGAAAUUGACUGAUCCUGGUCCGGUGUAUGACUGUGUUGUGUUCCAUGAUGGCGCUACAUGGAGGGCAUGUGUGGACACAUCAGAAAGUGGUGAUUUAUCCUCAGGAAAGAUAAUGGCGGCUUAUAGAGAGGAACAUGAGUUUGCUACAUUAACUGUUGAUGAUAUGUUAAAUUACAGCUUUAACAUCUAUAAUGAGGGAAACACCCUAGAAAUUGUAACAAAUGCUGGCUCACAUGGGACCCAUGUCGCUUGCAUUACUGCUGGAUACUUCCCAGAUGAGCCUGAGCGUAACGGUGUCGCCCCUGGUGCUCAGAUUGUGGCCAUCAAGAUAGGUGACACUAGGUUGGGGUCCAUGGAGACUGGCACUGGUCUGGUCAGAGCUAUGAUGCGGGCAGUUGAACACAAAUGUGAUCUCAUCAACUACAGUUACGGGGAAGCAGCAAAUUGGCCCAAUGGAGGGCGUGUCUGUGAUAUCCUUAGUGAGGUUGUUACAAAACAUGGCAUCAUCUUUGUUGCCAGUGCUGGGAACAAUGGACCAGCCCUUUCUACAGUUGGAACACCAGGGGGAACCACUGAUGCCUUGAUUGGUGUUGGUGCUUAUGUCUCUCCAGAAAUGAUGGCAGCAGAGUACUCCCUGCGACAGAAACUUCCUGGGAUGCAGUACACGUGGUCUUCUCGAGGUCCAUCGCAUGAUGGUGCUUUAGGUGUGUGUAUCAGUGCCCCUGGAGGUGCCAUAACAUCAGUACCAAACUGGACCCUGCGUGGAUCACAGCUCAUGAAUGGUACCAGUAUGAGCUCUCCUAAUGCAUGUGGGGCUAUAGCUCUCAUCCUGUCUGGCCUGAAAGCUAGAAGUAUUCCCUACACCCCAUAUAGUAUACGCAGAGCUUUAGAAAACACAGCUUUAAAGGUGGAGAGUAUAGAAGUAUUUGCUUUAGGACAUGGUCUGGUACAGGUGGAUAAAGCAUUUGACCAUUUGGUGGAGCAUUCCCAUAAUGUGGAGAGAAAGAUUCAGUUCAAAGUGACAUGUGGCAGUGGCAAACGAGGGAUCUACUUACGUGAACCCAGGGAAGUGCAACAACCUUCUGAAGUGGUUGUGACGGUCGAGACCAAAUUCCAUGAGGAUGACAAUGACCAUCAGGAAAAAAUUAACUUGAGUCUCAAGUUAGCACUCGUGUGUAACUCCUCUUGGGUAGAGACACCGUGUCACCUUGACCUCAUGAAUAUGUCGAGAGCAUUCACAUUGAGGGUUGACCCCACAGCCCUCCACGAAGGUGUCCACUUUACUGAAGUGUUAGCCUAUGACAUCAGCAAUUGUUCUAAAGGUCCAUUGUUUAGAUUUCCAGUGACUGUGAUCAAACCUACUGUAGUUAGUGAUAAAAUAGGUAGCAGGAUGGAGUUUAAGGACAAAUGUUUAAACCCUGGAUCAAUUCAGCGGCACUUCAUAGCAGUGCCAGAAGGAGCCACUUGGGCUGUCCUAGAGGUCAAGUCAAAUGAUGAGAACAAACGUGCACGGUUUGUUAUGCAUACACUCCAGGUGGAGCCACGCUCACAAUACAAGACGUAUGAACUCCACAAGUAUGCAACGUUGUCUGAUUAUGGUGAGACGCAACAAGCUUUCUCUGUUUUGGGUGGUGUAACACUGGAACUCUGUCUAGCCAAGUGGUGGGCGAGUAUAGGAGAGGUGAAAGUAGAAUACUCAAUCUGCUUUCACGGCUUGAUGCCAGACACAAGGAAAGUAACUUUGCAUGGUGCCGAAGGUAUUCAUAGGAUAAACGUAAUUUCUACACUCAAACAGGAGGACAUCUCCCCAUCAAUAUCGUUGAAAAACAUAGGCCAAAUUCUCAGGCCUUCAGAGAACAAGAUGCAGUGUCUUGGAACACCUCGUGAUGUCCUGUCAGACGGACGCCAGAUUUAUUCCAUGGAACUCACCUACAACUUCCACUUGAACAAAGGGAGUGAAGUGAUGCCUGAUUGCUCACUGCUUAGUGAGCUUUUAUAUGAAUCCGAAUACGAGUCGCAGCUGUGGAUGAUUUUUGACUCCAAUAAACAACUCCUGUGCACUGGGGAUGCUUAUGCUGAUAAGUACUCAGUGAAACUAGAGAAGGGAGACUUCACAAUCAAAGUGCAAGUGCGUCAUGAGAAGAGAGACCUACUAGAAAAGCUCAAGGACAUGAUCCUAGUGUUGUACCAUAAACUAUCCAGUGCCAUCACGUUAGAUGUUUACAGCUGUCAGGCACAGGCUCUUGUUGGUGGUCGCAAGUUUACCACGCAUGGCCUUGCCCACAGGAAGAUAUGUCCAUUGUUUAUUGCACCACUAGCAGACGACAAACUGCCUAAAUAUGUUCCGGUAUCAACAGGUAGCUAUCUGACGGGAACAAUAUCAUAUGCCAAGGAUGAUCUGGCCAAGAAAGCAGCAACAUACCCCUUCACGUAUGUGAUAACUGAACCUAGCAAGAAGAAUAAUAAGAAUGGAAAAGAGAAGAGCAAGGAGAAGGAGCACACUAAGGAGGAGGAAUUCAUUGAGGCAAUGAGGGACAUGAAGGUAACAUGGAUCACCAAGUUAGAUGACAGUGACAAAUUGUACGAAGAAUUGAAGUCUGACCAUGAUGACCAUCUUCCACUUCAUAUGGCAAGACUGGCAGCACUGGACUCGAGCAAGGAGCGAAAGAAAAAAUUGAAGGAGCUCAUAGCAGUGGGGAAAGUGAUAUUGGAGAAGAUUGACCAAAAAGCAUUACUGUGUUACCUGGGAAUGAAGAGUGACCCGAGGCCCGAUGCAGCGACAAUCAAAACUGACAUGGAUAAGCAAAAAGCUAUGAUAAUUGACGCGUUGGUGAAGAUGGGUUGUGCCGAAGCAGACGAAAUGCUGGAUAAGAUAGCUGAAGAUGAGGAUGAGGAGACCAUAAACACGAGUAGCAUUGAUGGCAUCUACUCAGAUGUACAGAAGUGGGCUGAUGUCUUAGACACAAAGGUGCUCUCAUUCACAUUGAAGCAUGCCAUGGUCCACCAGCACUAUGGAAAAGCUAUCAAGAUUCUUACCAAGGUGAAUGAUGACAAACCUUCAAAGGACCAAGAAAAGCUUAUGUCGGAGAUGUACAAAAACCUUGGCUGGGACUACAUGUCUGCUCGAGUUGACAGUUGUAUACUGGUCAGAUAUCCACCCAACUACAGACCAUUCUAGAGAUGUUUUUUUCAAAAAAAUGACACUGACUUCAUUCUUAAUAUAGCAGACUGUAAGUGUCAGAUUCUAGAAAUAUUUGCCACAGAUUUCCGGCGACUUUGGCCCAAACAUAUGCCAGAUCUAUUGCUUGUGUGUUUCUUUAUAAAUUAAAAUACUGUCCUCACUCAGUUACAAUGUACCUCGUCGUCGAAGGCAUUCCUAAACAACAUUGAAUGUGUGAACCGAAGUCACCUCUCAUUGGGGCUGAAAUUAUGUGGGCAUGGCUUAACACAAAGAGGGCCUAUUAAGGGGAAUGUCGCUCUCCAUUCCUUUUGUGGAAUACAAAGUUUCUUGGCCUUGAUAAUAUAGGCAAGGGUCGUAGGCCUAUAUGUAUGUCAUUCUUGGAGUAAAUGAACCAUUGAGAAAUGGACAUUUGUUCAUUUCGAGCAGUGUUGGGGCCUGUUUUGAUAAUACCCAAAGACAGUUAACUGAAGGGAUUGUUGCUCGAUCAAUAAUGGAGAGUUUAAGACACAGUUCUGAUGACGCUACCGUCCACGCUAACGAAGGUUUUACAAGCAAGUACCGGUACUAUAAAAAGAUAUUGGGCUGUAUGCAUAAAACAAGUAAAUGCUUUUUACUUCCAAAAUUGAAGCAUUACUUCUGUCUGUAUGCAUAACACCCCAAGUAAAUGCUUUUGCUAAAAAUCAAUUGCUUUUAGCAUAAGCAUUUACUAUUUACGUGUUGCAUUUAGCAAAUGCUAAAAAUCAUGUGCAUAAAACUGAGCAUUUGCUCCAACAGUCCAAGUAUUUGCUUCAAAAUUUCAAGGAAGCUCCAGACCUAUCUCAACUUUCAACUUCAAAAUAAGUGUUAAGUUCAUCCAGAGUAAAAUGGCUGCAUUUAUGCAAUUGGCUCCUAGGAGGAAGGUGUACCAGCUUUGACAGGACCAGGCAUCACCUUCUUAUCGUGGAGAAUUCCUUUUUACGGAGGAAAAUGUAUGGGCGGUUAUUUAGGCAUAAAUAGAGGUUGUCUCAAAUGGUAGGUGAUAAAGUAUGGAAUUAGUGAAACCUUGGAAACACUGAUAAACCUUGGAAACACUCCUUAAAAUGCAUAAAAACAUGAAAUAAUGCCAUUCGAACCUAACGUGGUUACGAAUCAACAUUUGGAGCUUAUUCUUACAUGAUCAGAUCGGAAUUUUAUGGUAAUUUAGAAAUCUGCCGCAUAUCCGAUUCAAUAGUCUAUAUUUUAAAACAACCCAGUUGUACCUCGCCUCCAGUGUACAGUACUGAUCUCCCAAAUAUGGGAAGACACGCCCACCACACACCCAUAAUAUGGACCAAUAGCGCUCCGCUUAUAAAUACGCCACCACCACGCGGGGCCUUUUCGAUCAGACGAGUUGCUUGGGAAGUUGGGGGCCUGUCAUGCAUUAUGCAUGGAUAAGGUUGACGACUAUGUCUAGGCCUAAUUGUCUAUGAUUGACUGAUAUUUUAUAACAAAUGAUGAAUAAAAGAAGCCUAGUCAUGUAUGUUUAUUACCGAAGUUUGCGGAUGAAAAUUUCCUCCGCCGUGAGCGAUUUCUUACAUCUUCCAGUACGCAUCGAGGGAUGCAGAGAUCUUUGUGACGUCACCAGUUCUAAGCGGUUUUUUAUUCACGUGUGUAUUUGUCCUAUGAUCUCGUGCAUCUAGUACCGAGCAUAAUACUUUAUCGUCUAUGGAAUACAAAACAAUCAUAAAAACUAAUUUUUGCUUCCAUUGAAGAGAAAUAAAAUAUUUUAACGACCACAGCGCAUUGCCAAUUGAUGACGUCAUCCUCCACAUUAAAAAUGUUGGCUUCUGAACAAGGAGGAUACCGCGGUGAAGUCACAUCACGUGAUCCCGACCCAUAUUAGUGAUCGCUAUGGCCAAUCAGAUUCAGUCUACUGACAGCACCAGCACUGAACACAUCUCCACGUCUCACUGUCUGGUGCGCUCCUGUACACAAAAACAUCAAUAGACAUGAAAUAUUGCAAUACCUAGUAUGGAUUCUUCCUGUGUAAAAUAAAAUUUACAGAGCAGAUUAACUUCCACGAAUAAAAAAGACGUUUGGCGUGGCCAAAGUGCGGAAAUAAUGUCUCCGCUAAAAUACACUACGAAAUACACUAGGCAAUGCACUACGCAAUAUACAGUAGAGAUGCAGUUGAGUUUGUUAUUGUUUUGACUUAGAAGCCCGCCCAUAUCAUAAUAUAUUCAUGUAUUCAUGAAGUAUGAACUCAUUUCUGUCCCAUACACCUCUAAUAACAGUCAAUUUCUCCUUAAAUCAUCACAGAAACCGCGAUAUCCGCAGGAAGAUUUCUUUCUAGUGUCCUAAAAUGCAUGAUCUUACAGGGGCGCUAACUCGACAAAUAGAGGGGAUCUAUGGGGAUCUAUGCGAGUUUUAGGUAUUACAGGUCUCGAACUUGUAAAAUCUGUAAACAUGACUCCAAAUCCCAUUAUGAUAAUGAAGAGAUUGCCCAUAUCUGGGAGACUGUUUUGAAACCAUCGCUAAUUUUGGAAGAUCGGUGCCCGGCUAUUUGGUUUAAAAAACCCUAUUUUCCUCCAUCAAAACAGCACUUUUCAUUAUUCAAAUGAUAGCUUAUUGUCUUAAGACUUAUUUCAUAGCAGAAAAGUACUAAUAACUCAGAUUUGAUGCGAAAAAUCUAACUUUUUUGAUGACUUGAUUUUCCCUUGGCCGUGGAUCGAGUUUGUUUACAAUAUGCAGCGCCAUCUUGGAAAAGCCGUGACGUCACCGCGGUAUCCUCCUUGGCUUCUGAACUAACUGGCAAAUUGCUAUCAAUAAAGUCAGCUGGGACGAGACUGUCAGUUGGGAGGGUAUAAAUCGUGGAAGGAACGCACCCGAUUUCCCGCGCUAUUUGCACAGUGAUUCCAUGGUUUACAUUGAAUAUUACAAGGUUUAUCAGUGUUUCCAAGGUUUCACUAAUUCCAUACUUUAUCAACUACCGUCUCAAAUAGACAUUUUAUGUUGUGUUACUGUUAUGACUCGAAUAGACGUUUGGUGGCGCUCAUUUUAACGGAGACAUAUCUGAAAUAAACAAUACUGGAGCAAGUUUCGAAAUGGUUUAUCUGCCACGACGAUAUUAUUGUUAUUGCUCUAAGCAGUGCACAUGGCCAUUUACGCGCGUAUCUAAGGAAAAUCGAGACUUAAUAUCAUUUCAUUUUAAUUGUAAUUGGAUUUUCAGUGUAUUUAGCUGUCUGCAUUUCCUGACAAUACAUAAGUACAUCAAAUGUACAUGCAAUACAUGCAAUAA